AUUUAAAUUAUUGUUAAUAUACAUUUGAACCAGAAAAAAAAUCUUGGUGAAGAUUGUGCAAAGCUAUUUUUUUAUCUUCAAAGCUGAUGUUCACUUUCUCUCACACAUUUUCAAACAUUGAUUUGAUAAAGUCUCAUUUUUCCAAAGAUUUAGUUCAACCCGGUGCAUAAGUAUUUUUGUUCAACGAAAAAAUGGCAACAAAACCAAUACUGCGAUCACGAGAAAAUUUGAUUGAUGAUAAUGAUCAUGAAGGUAAACAGCUUCGUGGUCUUCAAUCGUAUGAAAAAUCUACAUCAAUGGCGGGACGAUUGAAUACAAUAUUUCUUGGUCCACCUGGUGCCGGUAAAGGUACACAGGCACAAAUGGUUAAACAACGAUAUGGUGUUUGUCAAUUGGCUACUGGUGAUAUGUUACGUGCCGAAAUCGCAUCCGGUUCUGAGCUUGGUAAAAAAGUCAAAUCCAUUAUGAGUGAAGGUAAAUUAGUGGAUGAUCGAUUGGUUAUCCAAAUGAUUGAAUCAAAUAUCGAUUCACCGGCAUGUGCUCGUGGAUUUUUAUUGGAUGGUUUUCCUCGUACCGUUGAACAAGCCAAAAAACUUGAUGAAUUGCUUGAAAAACGUAAAAAUCAAUUACAUUCAGUGAUUGAAUUCAAAAUUGAUGAUUCUUUGCUCAUUAAACGUAUCACUGGUCGUUUGUUGCAUGAAAAAAGUGGACGUACUUAUCAUGAAGUAUUCAAUCCGCCCAAAAUUCCAAUGGUGGAUGAUAUAACCGGUGAACCAUUAAAACGACGAUCCGAUGAUAAUGAAAAUUCAUUGAAAACACGAUUGAUUGCCUAUCAUCAGCAAACAUCACCAUUGGUUCAAUUCUAUAGUGCCAAAAAUAUUUUGUCCACUAUUGAUGCAUCGAAAAAAACUGAUCAAGUUUUUGCUGCCAUUCAUUCGAUAUUUGAUUCAAUUUUAAAACAACAUGGAACGAUUGGUUCUUCUAAAUGAAUACAAAAAAAAAUCCACAUGUCUCCGCAAUGUUAUUUAAAGUGAUUUUGAAAAAAAAACUGCAAACGGAAAAAAAUGAUUCUUGUCAUAUCAAAUUAAUU